AUGCUUUUCUCCGCCUUGUUCACUGCCGCUGCGGCUCUUCUCGGCUCUGUUCGCGCUACGCCGAUUGAGAAGCGUCAGGCGACGCUCUGUGUGUUGGGCAUACACGAGAUCGUCCAAGAUCGCCGCUUCGUCUUGCCUUUGGCACGGACAUGCCUCACUCAGCUCCCGGAUGGCACCCAGUUCUGGAACUACCCAACAUGCGUUGCGGCCGCCAUUACAACUGGUGUUGACCAACUGACCGAUCUCGGCUACUGCCAGACGAACAUCACCGCGCCGCCCGCGCCUACAGAGCUGCCCGCCCUCAGCCAGGACAUAUUCGACUCCAUGGCCACCACCUGCGCGGAUGACGGUACCUGCGGCAUCUCGCAACAGAACUUUAUCGACUUCAUCUACGGCCAGAUCGAGGCAAACGGGAUCACCGUGACACCCGACUCCGUUGCGCAGUUGAAGAAGUACUACGUCCAACCUGUGUUUGACUUCACGAACACGUCGAACCGCGAUGCUGUUAGCUAUGAUAGCUUCAACACCUGGUUGCACAACUCGUCGUACGGCGUGCACUACGGUAGCGACACGACGCAGUACAACACUCACUUGAACUAA